UUGAUAAAUUGUGUUCCAACAAUCAACUGAUCCAGAGAUGCCAUUAACUAACCUUUUUAAGAAAUUAAAUUUAACACAAUUAAAGGUAAACUGUCAAUACUUUAAAACGAUUCCCGGGAUAAUCCGAUUAAGUGAAUUGGUUAUUGGAAUAAUCUGUUUCAUCUCCAUAAUUGUUAGUUCAUCGUCUUAUUAUAAUCCUUUCCUUGGUACUGAGGAUUAUGGUUUUGCCGGUGGAACCGUUGAGAUAUUUUUCCUGUUAAACAUUUACGCUUGUCUUUUGGCUACUUUUUUAAUUACAAUUGCGACAUUAACUGCGACCACAUUGUCACCAUCACCAUUAACCCAAUCACCUACACUGGCCAACUCAUCAUCAGCCAAUAAAUUAAGUUUCUGUUUUAUUUACCAUUUCACCGCAUUCGUGAUUAAUUUGAUCAACUCGCUCAAUUUAUUGAUUGUUAUCACCAAAAGGAAUCGUGGAGUACAAAUUAAGGAACCGGGAUAUGGUUACAAAAUUGUUGCUUCGGUUUUCGGCCUUCUACUUUCACUAUGUUACCUUUUAAGUGCCAUGUUUACCUUUCGAACAUCAUCUUUAUUAUCAUCUGAUUCUGAUAAAAACAUUAAUUAUCUAGCAAGUAAAUGUGGAGUUUCAGUGGUGACCAGUGGCCUUGGAAUUAACCCCGAAGCUAAAUUCCCAUCACCAUCCUCACCAACCAGAGGAUCGAUGGCAUUUCUACCUGCAUGGGUUCGAGCUUAUAUAACGUCGGCUAACAAUGUGACACCAGAAAACAAUUCCACCGCCAUCGCCUCACCAGCAGCAACAACAACCAACACACAUCGUAAGCAAGAUCAUGAUAACAGAGCAUCAAAUAUAUAUGAUGAGAUCUCAAUUGCAGUUCCAGAAUCAACAAAUACAUCAUCAACUUGAAUCAAUUGAAAAGAUUAAUGAGCUCAUCAUUCAAGUUUCAUGUUUAUCGAAAAGCUGAUUAUCAUGAUGAUGGAAGAACAAAGUUUCAAAAUCAUUUUUCUUCUAAACUUACAGAUUCACUACGAAAGAAAAGCAGCAAUCAAGGAAGAAAAUCGAACUCAAAAAGAAAACGUUCGAAAUUGAAAUUUGAUAGUAAUAGUUCUGAUUCGUUGGAACAAUGAUUAUGUAACUAAUCAUAAUCAAGAAGGAAAAAAAAAUAAUGGAAAUCUAAUUACUAACUAUUCGUUAUUACUGACCAAUCAAGUCUUUCACUUUAUCAUUUAAACGCAUUCAAUCAAUUGAAUUACCUGUUGAUAGGAUGAUUAAUUAAUCGGAGAUGAUACAAUUUACACUUUCAAUUGAAAGAUAAAGACACUUAUAAGUAAGAUGAUUAAGCAAAAUUGAAUUUAGAAAACUUUAAUUAUAUAAAUGAUUUCGCAGUUAAUUGCGACGAUGAAACAGCCGAAAGGAGAAAGAUCUGAGAAAAUGAAGAUUCCAUUUAAUUAGAAUGUGAAUAUUGAUGACCAUCAAUGAUGACCAAUGUUCCGGAUUAGAAUUUGGAUAAUUCAGUUGAUUGUAAUCAAAAAUCUACUAAAUUUAUAUACUAAAUCGUUACAAAUGUUAAUCACAAUCAAAGGUAAUUAAUUUAUUCACCCAAGGUUUUUGUUUUUACUUGCUUAAUGUUGUCAUAAUCAUCAAAAGGUCAACACUCAAACUGACCAAGUCAAAAAAAAGUAGGACAUUUAGUGUUGAUUGUGUCCACCAAAACAACAACAACAACAAAUAUUUAAAUUACUGAAUGGACAUUGAAAUAAUUACUUUAUAGUAAAUUAAUAAUGAUAACAAUUAACUAAUAACAAUA